ACCUUGAACAAUAAAUUUAAAAUAUGUUUAGAGCUUUAUAUAAUUUCUUCUUGUUAUGGCUUUGGUUGAAUUUAAUCAUCCUUAAAUUUUCCAGUUUUAGUUGCAAUACUACAUCAAUAUCAUAUUCACUAUAUCCUGCUCGUAGAAAUUAUAAUCAAUAUUUGAAGAGAAAUAGAAGACAGCAGACUAUACAAUUAUCAAAAGAUGGUUGCAAUACAACAUGUGGAAACUUAAAGGUUCCCUACCCGUUUGGCAUUAGCCUAGACGGAAAAUGUUCUCUUAACAAGUAUUACAUCAUAAAUUGCAACAGUUCGUACUAUGACCCUCCAAAACCCUUCUUAGGAAGAAAAGGUAACCUUGAAGUGCUAGAUAUAUCGAUAAACGGCCAGUUACGUAUUUCCAAUUUCGUAGCAAGUAGCUACGUCCAACAAACUCAAGGGAACGAAGUAGUCUCGCAAUCUUUUGAUGCAUCGGUAGAUCUCGCCGCAUUUCCAAUCGUGUUUUCGGACACAGAAAAUAAACUAAUUGUUGUUGGUUGUGAUGAUUAUGCACUUGUCUACGGGUUACAUGAACGAACGUUCACAACGGGUUGUGUUGCGGGGUGUUCUAAUCUAUCGGAUGUGAUAGACGGUUCAUGUUCAGGGAUGGGUUGUUGCCAAAUAUCGAUUCCAAAGGGGUUGAAAAGCUUCAAAAUAAAUUUGAGAAGUCUAAGCAAUCACACCCAUGUGUCUCACUUUAAUAGCUAUGCUUUUUUAGCUGAGCAAGAUAAGUUCAUAUUCAAUGCUAAUGAUCUCAAGGACCCAAACUUUCGGAACAAAACAAAGAAAAAUGUUCCUGUAGUGAUUGAUUGGUUUGUUGGGAUGAGACAAAACUGUGUUCAAGCUAAAGAAAACAAGUCAUCUUAUGCUUGUCAAACUAACACCAAGUGCAACGAUUUUAACGGUGGAUAUCGUUGCAGUUGUCUUCAAGGUUAUGAGGGUAACCCUUAUCUUAGCCCCGGAUGCACAGAUAUUGAUGAAUGUGCGAACUCAAGCAAUAGUUGCUCUCAUAUUUGCACCAACAAUCCUGGUAACUACAACUGCUCAUGUCCUCAUGGAUAUCAUGGUGAUGGUUCAAAAGUUGGAACUGGUUGUGUUAAACAUUCUUCACAAUUAGCUACAAGGUUAAUUUUAGGCUUGAUCUUGGGAUUGAUAUCCUUGGUAGUACUAAGUUGGAUAGUCUUUUCCACCCAUAGAAGAAACCAACUUAUCAAAAUAAAAGAGAAAUUCUUUGAGCAAAAUGGAGGAAUUUUAUUAAAACAACAACUUCUUCAGAUUGGAGGAAGGACUGAAUCAUCAAAAAUAUUUUCAGAAGAUGAACUUAAAGUUUCAACAAAUAAUUAUAGUGAACAUCGUAUUUUAGGUAAAGGUGGUUACGGAACUGUGUACAAAGGGAUAUUAAAGGAUGGUCGUGAAGUUGCAAUUAAGAAAUCUAAACAGGCAGAUCAGACUCAGAUCGAGCAAUUCAUCAACGAAGUUGUUAUUUUGACACAAAUUAACCAUCGAAACGUAGUAAAACUCUUAGGAUGUUGUCUCGAAACAGAAGUUCCUUUGUUGGUAUAUGAAUAUAUCUCCAACGGCACUCUCUUUGAUCAUAUCCAUACAAAUAAAGGAGCCACAUCUUGGCUGACAUGGGAAAACUGCAUUAGGAUUGCUACAGAGGCUGCUAAUGCACUAAUGUAUCUCCAUUCAGCUGCUUCAAUUCCUAUAAUCCAUAGAGAUAUUAAAUCAACUAACAUAUUAUUGAAUGAAAGCUACACAACAAAAAUAUCUGAUUUCGGUGCCUCAAGGUUAGUACCAAUAGAUCAAACUCAAGUGACAACAUUAGUCCAAGGGACUUUGGGUUAUUUGGAUCCGGAGUAUUUGCAUACAAGUCAGCUAACAGAGAAGAGUGAUGUUUAUAGCUUCGGAAUUGUUCUAACAGAGCUCCUCACUAGAGAAAAACCUAUGUCGCCUACAAGAAAAUUUAAAGAAAAAAAUUUGGCAACAUACUUUUUAACAGCAUUGAAGGAAGAUCGGUUGAUGGAAAUUCUUGAUCCUCAAUUAGUGAGAGAAGCACGCAAGGAUCAACUAAUUACAAUGGCUAAACUCGUAAAGGUGUGUCUUAAUGUCAAGGGUGAAGAUAGACCUACCAUGAAGGAAGUUGCGCUUGAACUAGAGCGAUUCAAGACCCACAAUAGACAUCCAUGGUCCAACCAAAACAAUGAGGAGGCAAUCAACUUCAAGGAUGAGCAAGAUCUUUACAUUAUUCCUUCACGUAAUACAAUGGAGUACUCUCGACAAUAUUCAAUGGAAGUUAGUCUAAUUUCUGAUAUGAAUCACCCUCGUUAGUUUAACACUCUACAAAUCUCAAAUGCAAUUAUCAAACUUAUUUACAUUGAAAAUUGAUAAAAUUAUGUAAUAUUGGUACUUCUUGUUUGUAUUUCUCUUUGUAUUAUAUCAAAUACUAUUUGCUUGUAACA